GAUCUGAUGGGUCAGGUUAUGUGUCUGAUCUGAUCAGCUUACAUAUCACGCUAACUCAAAAAUCUGCAUUUCCCAUAAGCAGACCCCGCCCCCCCACCACCCACCCACCCAAGCACCCAACCACCUACCCAAUCUCCAAUCUCCUUUAGGUAAUUUCAUCUUCCUCCUUUAAUUCCAAUCAACUGUUAUGUAUUUGGACUACUAGCAAUUUUCAAUUAUUUUGGGGAUCUAGGGUUUCGAUUUCAUGAUUGCUUAAACUGCUAUGUUAAUUAGUGUAGGGACCUGAAAACUGUUGAAUUGUGAUUUGUGGAUUAGGCGGUGAGGAUGUCGACGCCCGCUAGGAAAAGAUUGAUGAGGGAUUUUAAGCGGUUACAACAGGAUCCACCUGCUGGUAUCAGUGGUGCUCCUUAUGACAACAAUAUUAUGCUUUGGAAUGCUGUUAUUUUUGGUCCUGAUGACACGCCUUGGGAUGGAGGUACGUUUAAGCUGACACUUCAAUUUUCGGAGGAUUACCCCAACAAGCCUCCAACGGUGCGGUUUAUUUCCAGGAUGUUCCAUCCAAAUAUUUAUGCCGAUGGGAGUAUUUGCUUGGACAUACUGCAAAAUCAGUGGAGUCCUAUUUAUGAUGUUGCGGCUAUACUCACUUCAAUCCAGUCUUUGCUCUGUGAUCCAAACCCAAACUCGCCAGCUAAUUCAGAAGCAGCGCGCAUGUUUAGCGAGAACAAGCGCGAGUACAACAGGAAGGUGCGUGAGAUUGUUGAGCAGAGCUGGACAGCUGACUGACAUCUCUCUGGCCCUUUCGGGAGAUUUUCCUGGUACGGUUGCCCGGGUCAAGCUUCAAUGUUUUCACUGUUGUUUGCUACAUUCAUAAUAAAUGUAGCAGGAAGUGUCCUUUUAUGUGCUCUUUAGAACUCUGAUUGUCUUAUCUUCAUGUUCUGUUACUCGACCAAGAGACAAUGUACAUAUUGGUCACUUGUAUCGAAAUUGUAUGAAGCUCUUUUCUGUUGGUCAUCAUGAGACCUUCAACGGAAAAUGGACAAAUAUCUGAUAUUGUUGUUUGGCAAUGUAAAUUCUGUGCUAUAUCAUUCAUCCA